AUUAAUUUUGAUGAGUAUAUACUCGUAAUUAUACAUACAUAUAUACAUAUGUAUACGAGGUAUGACAAUUAAGUAAUGAGACUGAUUCUAUAAAAACCGUAUAUUUGAAAAUUAUUCUACAACUCUGCCAUCCUCUUCAAAGUAGUCCCCUUGGGCAGCUAUACAGCGAUUCCAGUGCAUUUUCCAUGCUUCGUAACAUUUCUGGAACGCUUCGUUUGGGAUGUCCGCGAGUACCCUCGUCACGGCCGCUUGGAUGUCCGUAAUCGACUCAAAAUGGGUUCCUUUGACCAGCGAUUUUGUUUUAGGACACAAAAAAGUCACGGGGUGACAUGUCGGGCGAAUAAGGCGGCUGUUGGCACGACGCGUUGUCGUCAUAAAGGAUCCAGUUACGAGCGAUGUCUGGGCGCACCCUGUUGACUCGUUUUUGCAAUCUUUCAAGUACUUGGCAAUAGUAGACUUGAUUCACAGUUUUCCCCGGUGGAACGAAUUCUCAACUUGACGCAGCAGGCGAACUAAACAAGCUAGAGCGAUGGUACAUAUAUCAAUGGAGAGAUGUCGGAUAAAGAAGAAGGGAAUUUCAAGGUCACAGGUUUACCACAAGCGCGGCAAUAAAAUCAGUCUCAUUACUUAAUUGUCAAACCUUGUAGUACGUAUAUAUACAUAUACCUGUACCAUGUUAAGUCAUUACAAAUUGAUAAUAACUUUUGAGUUACUUUAAUGUGUCCAAGUAUGAAAAGUUUAUUUCAAUUGGUUAAAAUACUUGACUGACUUCUUUCUCAAGACUAAUGUUUAGAGCGUCGCGCUCAAUACAGGUUAGAUUAGGUUAAGAGGUCGAUCCUGACAGAGAUCACACUUGGACAGCUGAUGACGCCGGUGCGUUGUGUUGCCUAAAAAACGUCUAUAUAAUAGAUCAUAAUCCCCUUACAAAUCGACAAUAUCAGAAAUUUCUUUAAGCGGGCAAUGUUAAUUUGGGUUGUGUAUCUCAAACUAUUGAAUAUAAGUAUGAAUAUCAAUGACAAUAGUAACCUCUUUCGAACCUUCUUAUUUAAUGGGAAAUAUUUAUUAUCAUUCGAAGGAGCAUUCUUUGGCAUUUAUUUUUUUAAAAUUAUCUCUUUCAAAUGUUGACCGCGGGUAUAUCUCAGAUGGUCCAUCCAUUGAGUCCAAUUUCCGAUUACUCGUUCGACUGGUAACUGGCGCUUGACACGAGUGAUGUUUUGCUCCAAGGUCUGAAUCGAAGAGGGACUAUCCGCAUGAUUAAGACUUUAUAUAUCCCCACAGGAAAAAGAUCAUAUUGAACAAAAAUAGCAUGACAGCUUCACACGACUCACUCCUGAUCUGUCAACAAAUGCUAUUGAAAAAUAACCUCUACUUGGAACACCCGUUAUAUUUUUGACAUGAACAACGUUCUUAAAAUAUCUAGUAGUGUUACAAAGAGAGGUCAAAACAUUUUGGUUCUUGCAAUUAUCUGAUAAUAUAGUAACGGUUAUCACCGACCGGGAACAGGGCUUUCCUAAAUUUAUAUGUAGAUACAUAUGUAUGUAUUUAUGGGACCCACGCUUUAGAGAACUUAAAAAUAGCACUUUCCAAAUAAAAACUCAAAAUUUCAACCGGCUCGAAGGAGGCUUCAACUAACCUUAUAAACAAUUACUGCACAACUCGUUUUUCGAAAGCAUACGCGUAUUCUUCAUUAACGUUAACGGUGACAAUGAAAAUGCUUUUUAUAAACGCCGGCUGCGCUUGCGCAAAUAAAGCGUACACAUGGCGACGCAAGCGCCGGGGGUGGAAGAGUGCUGGAGGGGACUGCUAGAAGAAAAUGCAUGUACAUAAAAACUACCCUCUGGAAUUAUGUGUGUCGCACGAGUCAUUGACACACAAUAGCAAAAACAUACAUAUUUACUACGUGCAUACAUACAAACUUAUUAAGAAAAUUAUUUCACUGUAGUAAACAUAUACAAACAUACAUAUGCAUGUAUGAGUGUGUGUGCAGAGUUGUGUUGGUAGACAGCAAGAGUCGAUCCUAGCUGGUGCCACUGGCGGCGCACGUCAACUAACUGCUGGCAGGCAGCAAGCAGCCGUUGCAGGAGCAGAUGUUUCCUAUUGAGACGAAUAUGCGCGCGCCAAAGCAAAUGCCACGGCAUUGUCCAAAAGAGUUUGUUGGUGUGCGCGAGUACACAAAUGUUUGUAUGUACUUUUGAUAAUCGGCGCGGUUCGACUCGGUCUCGCAGUGUUAUUUAGCGCAAUUAUUAUUACACUGAGGACACACACCACCACACCAACGGCACUGAGUAUUGUGGCACGAUCUACAGAGGGGGAGCUGUGCGCCGCCGUCGUCAAUUCAGCCACACAUGAGUGGUUGCAUAUACACAUGCGCACACACACCAAUGCCACUAGUCCAACAGAACCCAAGCGGGGUUGCAAUUCGUAGCUUCUACAUUUGGCAGUUGGUCUUCCGACUUUGCCGACAUUCUUCAGACUUCAGCAGUUGUGCAAAAGAAGUCGACGCGCGUGGAAGCAAGAAAAUUUCGGAAAAAUAUUAUUAAAAGUUUCAAAAUAGAGAAAAGUCUUGAUGGUGUUAAGAAAGUGAGAAUUAGUAUGAUUCUACGAUAAAUAUGAAUUAUAUUUAAAUCCCUAGCGAGCAGUUCUUUAUUUCAAGUGUGCAAAAAACGUUUAAAAAAAGAAAGUUUCUUUAAUUUGUGUUCAAACUGCUGAAGAAGAUACAAAAUUAAACGCGUUGAACUUAUAACCGAACCGAAAAUGUCGCAACACAACUACACAAAUCCGGCAUUUUGUCAAGGCAGUGAAUUUUACCCUACACACGGCAUCGAAUUGGAUUCGGUGCAACAGCCCGUCGAAGCGAUCUACAAUCGGAGCUUGAAUAUUUCUUAUGGCGGUCAUACGGCGCAGACAAAUGCACGCGUUGGUCCCCUACGCCUUCAGCGAAGCAUGUCGACGCGUUCGGUUAACACGCAAAAACGCCAGAAGACAACGAAUAUACCUGAAGUACACUCAAGUCGUCCACCGAAACCGCACCAAUAUCAACUACAACAACAGCAGCAGCUACAGCAACGCCCGAAGCAACAUAUUCCACAACAACAUUUCACAAAAAGGCAAGCUUCUGCAACGCCUGCGCGUACAAACAACUUGAAUGCCGUUACCGAGCCAACGAAUUUCGAAACGCGUUCGAAUUCCGGCCGUUACGCGCUCGUGCCAUUAGAAGAUUUGCCUGCGGCUGUUAAUAAGAGUAAUAACAACCGUUACGCCAUUGUGCCCGGUCCAACCGCGCCGCUGACCACGCUACGUCGCUACGCAAAAUCUCAGGAUCACCUCGAUUGUUAUGGCUCUGAAGGACGCUUACACAGUGACGAUGAACCCGCCUCAUUUCACGAGGAACCCAACUCAUUCCAUGGUCAAACCGCCGAGGCUACUUUCACGAGUCUACCGCCGGUCUUUGAACGUGGCAGAGCAGCACAUCCGAUCGCAAAGCAGCCACAAGCGUUGACGCCGAAGAUUAAGCAUGCUUUCUCCAGCGAUUUCGGCAGUAAAACCUUUUUGAUUGUGGAUAAGAACAGCAAUCAACGCUAUCAAAUGGUACCCACGGCGGAGAAUGAAGAGCUGGUCGAUGACAAUCAGGAGAUCAUACAAAUGCAUAAUGGACGUGCGCAUCGCUAUGCGGUCAUACCAACCGAAGAGGAGGAGGAAAACAUGCUAGCCGCAGAAGAUGAGGAGGAAGAGACGUGCUUGAGCAAUCCCGAUUUGAAUCGCAGCGAGAACUUCUUUGUUAGCAAUACCAUGAAAACACCGCGAAAUACAACGAUGCGCACAUCAACACCACAGAAACUGCCGACAACGACACACGCACCCAGUGGCAAUACCUCCUACCCUGGUACGCCCAUGAAAAAUCCCGUGGCUACAAAAAUGUUGCACGAAUUACUUUCGACGCCACGUAAAACACCGUUGCCGCGCAGCGUAACACCACGCAAUUUGUCGCCCAUGGAACGUGUGCCGGAGCACCAACAACCAGAGCAACAGCGUACCAAAUACCAUUAUCGCAGCCAACAACAAUUGUACUAUACGCCUGGUGAGCGACGCGUUGAACGCACCGCACAGAGUUUACACUAUGAAUCGGUGAAGACGCAAGGUGAUCGCACCAUGGCGGUCAUAACACCACGCAUCACCGCACAUCAAUCGAAAGUCUAUCCGGAAGUGGAGGAGGAGGACUGCAGCAGCAUACACGGCAAGUCCACCAACACCACUACGCCCUAUCCGCAAAAGGUGGCGAAUGCAACAAUCACACUGGCCAUUGUCUCGCUCAUGAUGGUGAUCAGCAACAGCAUGAAUUCGGCGCUCAUCAUCUACAUGAUUGCGCAUUUUGGCAAGUCCUUUUAUCUACAAUACAGCUUAGUGUCCGCCUUCAGUGGUGUCGGUCUUGGCUUUCUCGGUUUUCGUGCACGUCAUUGCGAGUGGCUGCCGAAUCGCAGCUACAUUUCCGGUUAUAUCCUGUUAACGGUUUUCAGUUUACUUAAAUGUUGUUGUCUUGUGGUUAUUCUCGUGCUGGAUCCCUACCCGGGACUGCCGCUGCACGAUGUCACCACCGGCAUUAUACUGGGUCUCUCCACAUUCACGAUUUUCUUCAUUGGUCUAGGCGUGAUCGGCUCACUUUGGUGCUACAGACCGCCACCAGAUAAUCGCGUUAAUGUGGCUUAAGUUUUUAUAUGAAAAUGGCGAAAUAUUUAAGAAAUCUCACUUAAGUACUUAUUUAGCUCGUAUUAUUUAUUUAAUUGAACUUAUAUUUUUAUCAUUAUUGCUUAGUUUUUAUUUAGUUAUUUGUUGUUUAUUUAGUUUAGUUCACAAAUGUAAUGCAAAAAUUAUAUUCACGGCUAAAAUACCAAAAAUAAGUAGAACAAGUUGUUCACCCAUUUACACUGUUCGAAAAAAGACUGUAAAUAACUACAUAUCUUUUGAAAUAAACAGAGGAAAGAGGCACACACAAUCCAGUUUUAGUUCGUAAGUUAUGCAGGCAGACAGACAUACAUAAAUGGUUGUACUGUUAUAUGGUUGUAUAGGGUUAAAAGAUUUAAUAUAUAGUUACGCAUAAUUUAAUUAGUAGUCAUUGCAAAAACUAAGUCACAAAUUAAAAAAAUGUACUAAAUUUGUAUUUAUAAUUAGUUUCCGAUAGUAUAUAAAUAAUUUAAGUGUAUAUAUGUAUGUAGCAAGCAACAGGUUUUUGUAGUAUCUCAGUAAUAUUUAAUUAAUGUAAAUUUUGUAAAAAAAAAAACAAUAUACUAAUAAAGAUUUUUGAAAUCAACAAAAAGUGUUAUACAAAUACAUAGCUUAUCAAUAAAGUGUUUAUUAGAAAAGUGUUUAUUAGGAAAUGGUGUUCUUAAGACAAUAACAACAUCUGAUGAGUCGGCGUUACAAGUUUUCGAGAGAAAGGUUUUUUGCAUGGCAACGGCGAAUACCGCAGUCGAUGACCUGUACGAAAUAUACGGUCAUCCGAAUGGAUGUAAACACUCUAGCUCUGAGAUUAUUCGACGCAGUACCUGCCGAUAGAAGCAGAGGAAGAGGAAGACCACCACUCCGUUGGAAAGUCCUGGCUGGAGAAAGACCUGGAAUUAGAAUUUCCAAUUGACGGCAAACAGCGAAAAGGAAGAAUGACUGGUGCGCUGUUGUAAACUCGCCUAUAACUGCGUAAGCUGUGUCUACGCCAAUGAAGAAGAAGAAGUUCUCAAAAAGCAAUAAAACGCAUAUAA